AUGGCGCAACAACUGAGCAAACUCUCAAAACCCAGUAGACAGCUGUUAAGCAACACCGAGAAAAACCCUUUCGGGCAUGUAAAUGCAGUUACACUAAGAAGCGGCACCACCUAUGAUCCUCUACCCAUGGCUGUUGUUGACAAUGAAGAAGAAGAGGUGGUAGUAGAGGAAAAAACACCUAAUGAGGAGAAAAAGGAGGAACAACCAGCACCUGCCUCAGAGAAGAGAAAGCAGCCCACUACUGAUGUAUAUGUACCAACUGUUCCUUUUCCACAAAGAUUAGCGCAUGACACCAAGAGUUUCACCAUUCCAGUCACAUUUGGUGAAGUUUUAGUCAAUAAAGCACUUGCCGAUUUGAGAGCUAGUGUGAGUAUCAUGUCGCUAUCUUUAUGUAAGAGGAUCAAUGCUGAGAUCAAGCCAACUAGGAUGUCUUUACAGCUAGCCGAUAGAUCAGUAAGGUUUCCAUUCGGAGUUGUUGAAGAUUUGCCAGUUCAAAUAGGGAAGUUUUAUGUCCCUUGUGAUUUUGUGAUCUUGGAUAUUGUUGAAGAUCAUGUCAUACUUAUCAUUCUUGGGAGGGAUUUUCUGAAGACUGAACGGACUGUUUUUGAUGUGUUUAAUGGCAAGCUCACAUUGAAUAUCUUGGGGGAGAACGUUGAGUAUCGUCUUUCCUCAAUGAUGAAAGGCCCCGCCGAUGAAACCCUGUGCAGAGCAGAAGUAGCAAGGGUUGAGAUUAUACACCCACAGUAUUAA